AUCACAUCCACGGUAUUCUUUUAAGAGCAAAAAGACGCUGUAUUAGCUGCAAAAUUAAGUGUUUAUUUUUUGUUUUGAUCGAUUACCGGUGCAUAACAUUUGUAAUUCCAACUGUUUAAAUCCAAAUAUACAUGGCACCUCCAUUAAAAGUUAAAGAUACUACACUAGAGUCAGAAACAGGAGCAGGAAAAACUUUAGUUAUCCUUGCAAAACCUCCUGAUAAGAAUAAAAGUAAUCAAAGUGCAAACACCUUGACAACAAAUCCAACUACUCAAACAGAACUUCUGAAAUCACCAACCAUAGCGCAGAAAUCAUCUAGCAGCUCAGAGCAGGAUGAGAUAUCUGUAGCAGCUUCAAGUACUUCAUCUGCUAAUAAGGAUGAUCCAUUUUCUGAUGUAGUGAAAAAUGUUGUUCAGCGUUUUUUUCAUGUACAGCAAAAGACAUCUGCUAGCCAGUCUGAAGGGGAGCAAAAAUUGUCAUCACCUCCUGAGAUGUCGUUUCCUGUCAAAUUAGUUGAUGAAUCAUUACAGUGGUGUGAUACAGCAUUGGAGUAUCUUCAUGAUUCAACAGACUUUUAUGUAAUUGGUGUUCUUGGUCUUCAAGGUGUUGGUAAAUCUACUGUCAUGUCAAUUAUUGGUGGCAAUUAUGGUGAAUCAUCUAAGUGGCAAUUAUUCAAGCCACAGACUAAUUAUAAAGAAAUAGGAGAACAUUGUACAACAGGAAUUGAUAUGUAUGUAACUAAUCAGAGACUCAUAUUACUUGAUACUCAGCCUGUCAUGAGUGCUUCUGUCAUGGAUCAUAUGAUUCAAUAUGAAAAAAAACCUCCUGGUGGACCAGAUUAUCAUUCUGUUGAAAAUGCUUUACUAAUGCAGUCCUUGCAGCAGGCAGCAUUCCUAAUGGCUGUAUGUCACACAAUUAUUUCAGUACAGGAUUGGUUCAUUGAUCUUAAUUAUCUAAGAUUCUUAUUAUCAGCUGAAAUGCUAAAGCCAACAACACCGAUUAAUAUACAUGACAUGAAUCCAAUUCCUGAAGAAAUGUCUGAAUAUUAUCCUCACAUUGUUUUUGUGCAGAAUCAAUGCCAAAGAGAAGACUUUUAUCCUGAUUCUAUAGCAAAAAUGCAAGACACUCUAUAUCUAUCCCUACAGAAGUCAAAACUGAAAUUUUCAG